ACCUGUAUGCAGGGAGAAAAAAUCAUCUGCACGUGGCAUGUCAAAUUGCCGCGGCAGCGGCUGUCCUGUUCCCCAAAUCAAUAGAUUACACUAUGUGCUUCCUAGCGUCAGUCUCCAUCAUCCUUCUCAAGUCUCGUCGGCUACAUUAAGAUGCAUCGCACUUGACAAGGAUGCUGAAAAACCAUUCCUUGUACUAAACUCUCCUUUCCACGCUGAUUUUCCGUUGAAACCGCAGAAAGUUCUCACCCAACAUCAUCCUUUAUACAUUUAAUCGAUGCCAUCUCGGAUUCGAACGCUGCCAGGGUGAUGGUUUCGAAUAAGGAGAAGCUGUGUUGCUGCGCUUGGAGAUGGGCAAAGACUCUCUUUUUCGUCGCCAACAUGCUCGCUUCCCUGUUCUUCGUGUGCGCACCUCCGCUUCUCGUCGUCUUUCUCGAUCUCCUCAUCCCUUUCGUUCUCCUCGCCGCCAUCGCCGGCGCCCCAGGGGCAGCCGCGAUGUCUAUUCAGCUCAGAAGCUACCGAUUUGGGACUUCCUUGGUUGACUUGCCGCUGCUCUCUGCUGCAAGAUCGCUCCUUUUACUGUGCUUUUAUUUGUGUUGGAGUGGGAAGGGGCCGUAUUUAGGCUUAGCGACAGUGUGCGCUGCGGUGUCUGUGGGUUAUGUGUCUCUUAAAGCAAUCGCCAUUUUUGGAGCUGAAGCAGCGCUUGGGAAACGUCGUCUCUUAUCAUUUGGGGACAAGGAGGGACCGGUGGUGGAAGCUCUUUUUCUGAGCUCUUUUGCUCUGGCCAUGGCCCAUGUCGUGGCGGCUUAUAGGACCAGCUGCAGGGAGAGAAGAAAGCUGAUUGUAUACAAAAUUGACAUUGAAGCGGUGUCUGUUUACAAUAAUGACUUCUCCAACUACCAUAAAAUUGCAUUGUCUUAGCAAAACAUGAUGGGUUUAUGGAGAAGCAGCAGUCAAAUACUGCUGUCAUCCUCAUCUGGAAUUUCAGUUUAAAAACCACACUUAUGGUGGGAAGUGCAAGAGAACCGUUGUGAUUCUCGUCAUCAAUGUUGCAACGCGAAGGAUCCAAUACCGUUUUCUAUUAAAUUGUUUAGUAUAAUUAUAAUGGCCUUUUAUUGCCAUUGUCUUUUCCUUUUCACUUUUAGCAGCAAUUUUUUUUGCUGAAUGUAUAUGUAAAUAGGUGAAGUGAUGAAAUAGGUAAGUGAUGCAUGAAUCGUGUAAUUUAAACAGUAUGUGUAUUCUUUUACCUUGAAUCCACUUACAUAGAGUUGUACAAAAAUCGUUAUACAAGUAUA